AUGCCUUCCCUCAGGUCUGCCUCCAUCCAGGCGAUGCUCGCCCUCGCGGCUUCGACCUCUGCCCUUCCCACCCUGCAGACGCGUGCCCAGGCCGCCGCCAACCUGUGCGACAUGCCCAACGACUCGCUCAUUCUCUCCGGAACCCCGUGGAUUGUCUUCAACAUGAUGUACAACUCGGCCCAGAUCGAGGGUACCGCCUGCACUGGCUACGUUGGCACCACGACCGACGCCAACGGCAACCCGGCCGUCAAGUGGAACAGCACCAUGAACAUCGAAUACGUCGAGUCCACCAACAACCUUCCCAAGGGCUACUCCUUCGUCGGCCUGACCCAGAACCUGGAGAACCGCAUCAGCGACAUUGGCUCCAUCCCGACCACCUACGAGUGGACCAGGACCAACACCACCGCCUACAAGGGCAACGUGUGCUACGACUUCAUGACCUCGGACACCAAGGGUGACUCCACCAGCUCCAACGCCCAGGAGCUCAUGCUCUGGCUCCAGUACGAGGGUGGCCAGCUGCCCAUCGGCUGGACUGACGGUGCCGUUGCCACCAUCGACAACCUCUACGGCACCUCGUGGAAGCUCUACCAGGGCAAGAACGAGGACACUGGCAUCACUGUCAGCAGUCUGCUGCCCGACACCCAGUUCACCGGCUCCUUCAGCGGUGACAUCAAGGACUGGCUCUCUGCCCUGGUCAAGCAGGGUGUUUUCACCGACAGCACCUACGUGAACGUCGGCAACGCCGGCACCGAGCCCUUCUAUGGUGACGCCGUCUUCGAGGCCACUCUCGGCCUCCAGGUCAACGUCGGAUCCUCGUCUGUUACCCCCGUUUCUUUUGUGGCCCCUUCUACCACCGCAGCCCCUACUUCCACCCAGGUCCCGGCCUCCACCGAAGCGCCCGCUUCCACCGAGGCCCCUGCAUCUUCCACCUCUGCCGUCGUCGCACCCUCCAGCGCCGUGGCAAUCAACAUCCCUUCCUCCUCUUCCUCCAGCAGCAGCAUCGUCCCCGUCGAGCCCGUACCGACGACCCUGGCCACCUCGGCGGUGGAAGCGGCGGCCACCACCACGCCCGCUGCCUCCUCCUCCGCUGCCGCCGCUCCGUCGUCCAGCUCUUCUUCCGUCGAGGCGCCGCCGUCGUACUCAGCCGUGCCGACCUCUACCCCCUCUUCCUCCUCCGUCGCCGCCAUCCCCACCACUCCCGCGCUAAGCACCCCAGCCAUCCCCACCACCAGCGCUGCUGACUCCGCAAUCCCUACAGGUGAAUCCGGCGGUGACGAUGAUGAUGAUGCCGCCUCCGCCGCCGCCCCCACCGCCACCCCCGCUCCUGGAUCCGACGCCGGUGUUUCCGGCGGGUAUGGCCACGGCAACGGCCUUGAGCCUGCUGAGGGCGAGGAGGAUGGUCCCUGCGCUGUUGAGUACAUUUACGUUUGA